GCCAGGUUCUUUGAAGCAUCUGUCUGAAUCUGAACACAUCUUUCUAUACAUGUCUAUUACUUGUGGGUGUAAAAUAAUUUUUUUGUCAAGCAAUGUGAGAUCAACAAUAGGAUCAGGAGGUAUCCAUGGAUGUAUUGCAACCCCAGCUGUUGCGAUUUACCGCUAAUGAGCACCUCAACACCGCCCCCUUUGUGAUGUCAGUACUGACCAUAUGCCCACUAAAGCUAACCCUAUUCCUAAUAUCGUAACAGCCACGCACAGGGCAGGCGUCUCUCCCUAGUCGUGCGUCUGAACACGCUGUAAAUCGAGACCUGUUAGCCACGUUUGGUGCUGGCGUUACCAGCUGUUUGUUUCUCUCUACUGGACGCGAGCAGAAAGCUAAAUCGGUCGAGCAGACAGCUUGAGUAGACAUGACAGAGUUCAGCGUGACAGUGGAGCAUCUCAAUGAUUUGUUAACGGAUGAGAGGGGGUUUUAUUGCUGGCCAACGAAACCCGUGGACGAGGUCUGCACUGGGAUUUACGUCGGCAACGAGUCUGCGGCCAUGAACGUGGCGUGUCUGCAGCGCCUGGGCAUCACUCACGUGCUCAACGCAGCUGAGGGAGUCUCCCUCAUGCACGUCAACACCGACGCAGAGUUCUACGCCGGCACCGCCAUCACCUACCACGGCGUGGCGGCCAGCGACACCGACCACUUCGACCUCAGCCCUUUCUUUGAGGAGGCGGCGGACUUCAUGGCGAGAGCCUUGGCGCACAACGACGGAAGAGGCAAGGUGUUGGUCCACUGCAGGGAGGGCUACAGCCGCUCGCCCGCCCUGGUCAUCGCCUUCCUCAUGCUGCGCCGGAGCCUCGACGUCCACUCCGCCCUGGCAACCGUGCGCCACCAGAGGGAGAUCGGCCCCAACGACGGCUUCCUGCGACAGCUCUGUCGGCUCAACCAGAGGCUGCUUGCCACGGGCACGUCCUGAAGAGAGUGAGACAGCCGGGAGGGAGUGAGACAGCCGGGAGGGAGUGAGACAGCCGGGAGGGAGUGAGACAGCCGGGAGGGAGUGAGACAGCCGGGAGGGAGUGGCACGUCCUGAAGAGAGUGGCACGUCCUGAAGAGAGUGAGACAGCCGGGAGGGAGUGGCACGUCCUGAAGAGAGUGGCACGUCCUGAAGAGAGUGGCACGUCCUGAAGAGAGUGAGACAGCCGGGAGGGAGUGAGACAGCCGGGAGGGAGUGAGACAGC